GAGAGACAGGAAGUCCCUCCCCUUCCUCCCAGAGGGAAGACGGUGAGCCGGAGGAGUCAGUCAGAGAGGCGAGCAGGAGCGAUUCCGUCGGCAAACAGGUGGCGAGCGCCCGUGAGCCGCGCCAGGCCGCGGUCGCCUCAGCACGUCGGCGGCCAUGGACGCGGAGAAGAAGCCGGAGAGCGAGGACGAGGAAAACAGGAGCCGAGGCGCGGACGCCACAAGUUCCUCACCGCGCCCGGGAGCCGGCGGGCCCGUGUGUGACGGGGCAGCACGUGCCGCAGAGCCUCCCUCCGGCAAGAGAGGCUUCCCGCGCGUCCCCGUCCCCGCGGCGGCGGACGGAAACCAGCGCGCGUCCAAGCGGCUGCGGCUGUCCGCGGGCGCCGGGCCCCCCGAGCGCGACGAGCCGCGCGCUCCCGAGCCGCGCGCUCCCGAGCCGCGCGCUCCCGGCCCAGAGACUUCCGAGGGCCCCACCCCGGAAGUGCCUGCCCCACCAGGCGGGGUGGCGAGGGAGGCGCUCCUCAGUGAGGGCCCGGCCGGCCGCCCUUGUCCUCCCGGGGCCUUCUCCGCUCCUUGCGGUUCUAGCGCUCGUGCUGCGGUGUCUCCGAAGACAGACCCUGACGACGAGUCUGCUCAGGACGCGGUCUCCCCUGACGCGGGAGGAGGCUCUCCUCUCCCCCGGACAGAGACCAGCGUGGGCCGUGCCGCCGGACUCGUGCCGCCGGUGCCGCAGUGCGGCGUUUGCGGUCAUCCGCUCUCCUCCCGCUCGGACCAGGAGCCGCGCGCCGACGGCCCCACGCAGCAGGCGGCCGGCCCCGCGUGCUGCCGCUGCGGCCACGCGCCGGAGAGCGGCGCCGCGCGGCGCGUGCACGCGGGCCCGACGGCGGGGCCGCCGCCGGUGUUCUCGUGCGAGCUGUGCGGCUUCCAGUGCGCGCAGGAGAACCUGCUGAACGCGCACUACCUCGGCAAGACGCACCUCCGGCGCCAGAAUCUCGCUGCCCGCGGAGGAUUUGUGCAGAUCCUCACUAAACAGCCCUUUCCCAAGAAACCGUGUACCCUGGGAACGAAAAACGUCCGCGUAAAACCCAGACCGGCUAACCCCACGGCGAGGACGAGUGAUCCCCGCGGCGCCGGGAACGCGGGGAGCAAACUCCACGACGCCCGAGGAGGCGCGUCCAGGCAGAGCGGGGGCGGCGAGCUGCUCGUGGAAAUGACGCCGGCCCGCAGCGCUCCGUCCGAAAGAGUCGAGGCGGUCGAAGAAAACGUAACUUCCGUGGGCAUAGCUCGAAACCCUGAAAACCAGAGUAAAAGCAAAAAGAUAGGAGCGUUGGUAAGCUCAGGGGGUCUCUUCAACAAGCUGGAAUCCACCCGAAGUAGCCUCCAGGCAGCGCACGGCGUCUGUGCCAGCCCGAGACCAAGACCCGAGCGCAGCGUCCUCCUGCUGGGCGGUGGCUUCCGACGACGCACUGGCACGUUUGCCUUAAAAGGCCAGGCCAAGAAAAGGCUUAAUCUUUUAGGAAUGAGUAAAAGAGCAACUAAUGACCCCCCGAGGUUGUAUAUGAAACACUUUAGGACGCAGGUGAAGACAAGUGAGACGGACUGUGUGGCCAAACAUGGAGAAGCAGGCGGCAGUGUGCGCACUCUGCGUGUGACUUCCUCGGAAACCCCGGGCCUGAUGCGGGACAAAGGGAGCUCCCCUGUCGUGUGCUCCGGCGGCUCUGCGACAGCGAGGCCGGCUGCUGAUCAGCAGAUAUGUGCUCGUACAGACUGUGGUCACGGAGCGCCAAAUAGGACAGGCGUGGGGAGCCAUGGGGAGCGGGGCCCUGUGGGAGAGGCGAGGCUUUGCUGCCAGGCAUGUGGUUUUUCCAGCACGUCGAGGGGGGACCCUGAUAAGCAUUUGCACAACCGCCAGCAUCAGCACACUGCCGCUGGCCUCAGGUGUCCGUGCUGUUCGUUUAUUUCUGAGAAUGAACUAAAUCUUAGAGACCACAUGAAGGAAAAGCACAAUAUGGGUUGUUUUUGCACUUCUUGCAGUCUCUUCUUGUCUGAGAAAGACAUGGAAGAACACAAAAAAACCGAGAAGCAUAUUCGUUUGUUGGUUCAACCAAAGACUUCCCAGUCAUUUAACAGUGAUUUGGCUUUACAGACUUUAUCCUUAAGUACUUGGGAAUCAGAAGAUACAGAAGGUCCUAUGACUGAGUCUGUAGCUCGGGAAGAACCUUCUAAGUCCAGGGCAAGCCAUGGGCACGAAGUGAGGCACUCCAGUAAGCCUCAGUUUCAGUGUAAGAAGUGUUUUUAUAAAACGCGGUCUUCCACUGUUCUCACAAGACACAUCAAGCUCCGGCAUGGCCAGGACUAUCACUUUCUUUGUAAAGCAUGCAAUCUUUACUCACUCAGCAAGGAGGGAAUGGAGAAGCACAUCAAGAGAAGCAAGCAUCUGGAAAACGCCAAGAAAAACAACAUUGGCUUAAGUUUUGAAGAAUGUAUUGAAAGGGUGUGUAUAGGUGCAAAUGACAAAAAAGAUGAGUUUCAUGUUUCCGGAAAUGGAAGGAUCGAAGGCCACAUAGAAGGUGUGCGGUUGCAGGAGCAUUCCUAUCUGGAAAAGAGCCUACUGACUACCAAGGAAGUGCCACAGUCUGGUGUAACGACCAAAGAGGGUGAGGUAGCUUUGACCACUACUCCAAAGAGAGGGAGACCCAAAGGUAACAUCUCGCGGACAUGCUCUCACUGUGGUCUCUUGGCCUCUAGUAUUACAAACCUGACCGUUCACAUUCGACGAAAACACAGUCACCAGUAUAGUUAUUUAUGCAAAGUGUGUAAGUAUUAUACUGUAACUAAGGGAGAUAUGGAGCGCCAUUGUGCCACUAAGAAACAUAAAGGACGUGUAGAAAUAGAAGCAAAUGGCAAGCAGAGUUCAGAUAUCGUUGUUGGCCCGGAAGCGGGUAACCUUGAAGCCUGUAGGAAGAAUGCCAUUUCAGCAGGUUCAGAUGAACUUGCUCAUAGGUUAGCUGAAUCAGAUACCUCCACUUCAGAAAAGCCAGUGCUAGAGCACGGAAAUCCAGCUGAAGUCGAAGUUGAAAAUGUAUUUCAUUCUACAGAUGGGGAAGUCCACAGUCACCUUUCUGAUAAAAAGGAACAAAUGUCUCUAGAACCAGAGGACCCUCUCCAGCAGGCGGAUGCUUGCUCCCAGAGAGACGUGACGGGUACGAGUGAUAACAAGUGUGUACACUGUGAGUUUAAUGCUCACUCUUCUGCUUCUCUAGAACUCCACGUAAAACGGAAACAUACAAAAGAAUUUGCUUUUUAUUGCAUGGCCUGCGAUUACUACGCUGUGACCCGUCGAGAGAUGACUAGGCAUGCAGCCACAGAAAAGCACAAGAUGAAAAGGCAGUCUUACCUGACCUCUUCUGACACAGAAGUGUCCAAAAACAUCAUUAUCCCCGAAGAGCAACAUCAACACAAUUCUGAAGAAUAUCAGAUAAUUUCAGACGAGCCAUCUGAAGAAGUUCUGAAAUCUAAAAGUACUGCUGAUUGUUGUGUUUUGGAUGAGGACACUAAUUUAGAUGUCUCUAAGGUCCUCCGUGCUCCCACCUCCGUGGAGAUUGAGACUGAAGAAGAAUCUAAUCUCAGUGAAGACCAUUCCUUUUGUGAAACUUUCCAACAGACUCUGGCCAAGGAUAAAGCUCUGAAACCCGAGGAGAUGGUGCCCCUUAAUAUUUCCUCUAAUUGUGGUUCCCCAAGCAGAUUUCAGAAUGAAAAUUCAAGAAGCUCAGCUUUGGAUUAUGAGGUGGUAGAGAGAGCCCACAGCACACUGGAUGAGCCUGGCGAUGGGAGCGCCCGCGGUAAGAGCGAUGUCGGCCAGGCAGGGGAGAAUAUAGAUAAUGCCCCUAGCAGACCUGGAUGUCCUGGAGGUCUCGGGGGAGGGCAUCUGGCCGAAGGCACCAUCCCUGCUGUGAUGACAAGGGCAAGGCAGGAGCUGAACCUGGAGAGCGAUGGUCAGAAUGAAGUUGGGAGUGUGCAGAGUUCAGAGGAUUUGAAAGAUACUCGAGAAGACCCCGUUCUGGAGAACAAGGAAAUCCUGUUGAAUUCCCAACAGGAAACUAAAAUUAUUUUGGAAGAGGAUGGCCCAGCUUCUGAUAGCGCAGUUGAAAGUAAUGACAUUUAUGAGACUAUAAUCAGUAUUGAUGACAAAGGACAGGCCAUGUAUAGUUUUGGCCGGUUUGAUUCUUCCAUAAUAAGGAUCAAGAACCCUGAAGAUGGAGAGUUGUUCGACCCGUCGGAAGAGGGUCUGGUCACAACAGGUGUGAGGAUUAGUGAGUUGCCCUUUAAAGACUGUGCUCAAGGCGUGAAAAAGAAGAAAUCUGAAGGCGGUUCCUUUGGUGAAUCCACACGAAUUCGUUGCGAUGAUUGUGGCUUCUUAGCAGAUGGUUUGAGUGGACUGAAUGUUCACAUAGCCAUGAAACACCCUACAAAAGAGAAACACUUCCAUUGUUUACUGUGUGGAAAGUCAUUCUACACUGAGAGCAACCUCCAUCAGCAUCUGGCCAGUGCAGGCCACAUGAGAAACGAGCAGGCCAGUGUAGAGGAGCUUCCGGAGGGAGGGGCGACUUUUAAAUGUGUCAAGUGUACGGAACCCUUUGAUUCAGAACAGAAUUUAUUUCUGCAUAUUAAAGGGCAGCAUGAAGAACUGCUCCGGGAGGUGAACAAGUACAUAGUGGAAGACACUGAGCAAAUCAACCGCGAGAGAGAAGAAAAUCAGGGAAACGUUUGCAAGUACUGCGGGAAGCUGUGUCGGAGUAGCAACUCGAUGGCAUUCCUGGCACACAUCCGCACCCACACAGGAUCAAAACCAUUCAAGUGCAAGAUAUGCCAUUUUGCAACAGCUCAGCUUGGCGAUGCCAGAAACCAUGUCAAAAGGCACCUUGGGAUGAGGGAAUACAAGUGUCACGUCUGUGGGGUUGCUUUUGUCAUGAAGAAGCACUUAAAUACGCAUCUCCUAGGCAAGCAUGGAGUUGGCACCCCGAAAGAAAGGAAAUUUACAUGCCACUUAUGCGAUAGAAGUUUCACCGAGAAGUGGGCCCUGAACAACCACAUGAAGCUCCACACGGGAGAAAAGCCAUUUAAGUGUACCUGGCCCACGUGCCAUUACUCCUUCCUCACGGCCUCUGCCAUGAAAGACCACUACCGGACGCACACAGGCGAGAAGUCGUUUCUGUGCGACCUCUGCGGCUUCGCCGGCGGGACUCGGCACGCGCUCACCAAGCACCGCCGCCAGCACACAGGAGAAAAACCUUUCAAAUGUGAUGAGUGUAGCUUUGCCUCCACAACCCAGUCUCAUCUGACUCGGCACAAGCGGGUGCACACCGGAGAGAAGCCUUACAGGUGCCCCUGGUGUGACUACAGGUCAAACUGUGCUGAAAACAUCCGAAAGCACAUUUUACACACGGGCAAACACGAAGGAGUGAAGAUGUACAACUGCCCUAAGUGUGACUACGGAACGAACGUGCCUGUGGAGUUCCGGAACCACCUGAAGGAGCAGCACCCCGACAUCGAGAACCCGGACCUGGCUUAUUUGCAUGCUGAAAUGCAAGUCCUUGGUUUACCUACAACAGCAGGAAUGCUGAACUCUUUCUGUUCAUCUGCUUACUUGAAUAGACUUCGGAUUCGUGUUACUUUGGUGAUGGUUUAUAAGCAUCUCUCCGUAGUCUGUAGCAGGUGCAGUAAGACACUUCCUGAAUUACUUCUGUAGCCCGGAGACAGUGCACCUCGAGUUGCUUCCCCACCUCCAGGACUCCCUAGACUUGAAGAGCCAAUCAGAACUAAAACCCUACAUCCAUGUUUUCGAGAUGUUUUUGAAAGUGGGAGCUGGAAUUUAUUUCUGCAAAAGAUUUAAUGGAAAUUCUAAUGUUAAAAAAAAAAUCUGUUAUAACCCCCUGAAUAGAUUCUGGUGUCUCCUGCAGAUGUUCUUAGAUCUUCCAGCAGUUUUUUCGGGUUCUGUUUUUUCCUUCCCUCACAAACAGCCUGCCCGUGUUAUUAUGCUUAUUUAGGGAAAAGAAAAGAGUUUUGCUUCUUGAAGGGGAAGCGUCCCUUGCCUAGAAAACUGCUGUCAUAGCUUAUAUAUCACUGAAAUAUGUGGCGGCAUCAGUUCUAACGUUGAAAAAAUUAAAGACGUAAGAGAGAAUUCCUGACUCGUAUUCUCAAAGCCGAUGACAGCAUGCAGUAUUUCCCAUAAAGACUUCAUUUUCGCCUUCUUUUAUUAAUUUUAUUUAUAAUAUUAAAAUUUUCUUCAUGAAUACCAAUGUCAAAUGAAUCUAAUUCUUUACAUAGUUUUAAUAUGUCAAUUUUUUAAUGAUUUUGUCUUUAAUCUAAUAUGCUUCUUUCUCUGUUCUUACCCCUUUUGAACCAGGCAAGGGCUCUUACUAAGAACACAGUGACUAACACAGUCUUGUCUUAGGAACUCUGCUCUCCGUCGCACUCUCGCUUUCGCUUUCAGCACAGCCGGCUUUCUGCCGCCUCUCAGCCUUCGGGCUGCCUCCCUGGCUCUCUUUGCUGUGCACCUUCAGCCUGCGGGUGACAGCUGAGUGACAGGCGCCCUAACACUGCCCUUCCUUUCUGAAGUUAGACAGGGCUGCCGGAGGCCGUGUAUCUGUGUCCGCAACAGCCUCACCUCAGUCGUCGCCUGGAGGGUGGGCUGACAGGUGAGGAUGGUUUUAGGACCCUAGCCAUGAACUUGUAUUGAAGCAGCACCAUCCAGGCGCGCAGCCUGCAAAAGCACGUGUACAGCAAGAACAAGGAGGCACAUGUGCAAGGACACAUCGGAUAUGACAGACUAAAAUGGAGAAAGGAAAAAACCAUUUCAAACCAUGUAUUCCAAACUAGAGAAUCAUUUCAAGUUUUGUGAAUAACAGUGUGAAUAAAGACGGAGGUUUCAAGUUUCACAAAGCUGUUACGCGAGGGCUGGGAGAACCUUGUGAUUCUCAUAACUAGGGAAUUUAUUUUCUGCCCUGCCCCCAGGAAAAAUAAACAAACCCUUUGAAUUGCUCUUUUUUCGUCAAGCAUGUUUUAUUUGACUUUUAGUUUCAAAUUUGCCCUUUUAAAAGAUGUACUUUAUUUUGUGAAUUGUCGGAAAAUGUGAAACAUCAGAGGGAAAAUAUCUUAACCCCAUUUUGAAUUGUUUAAUUUCCUUAUUUACUUUGUAUUUUAGUUCUAAAUAAAACAUAUAUUCUGACAAUUAUAUUGAAAACAUUAAUGCAUAUUUUAUAACAAUUUAUAUGCUUCUCCUUUUGUUUUUGCCUUUUUGGAUUGAAACUGAAAAUGACUUUAGUGUUUUGGUUUACAUUAGAGAUGCAUUCAAAAUAAAAACCAAUGAUUUGAGCCUAAAUAUGGUAGAAAAAAAUCAGAUUUCAAAAAAAUAAAGGUCACCAGAUAUCCUGGGAAUCAUGACUGAAAUAUGUGGCCGUUUUUAAGCUUCAACUUUGAGCAACUAAUCUAUGUUGCUGUCUUUAAGAGUGAGACUUUUUAAGUACAUUUAAAUUUAGUUCUCUUUAGGUGAGUUUAAUCAUAUGAGCUGAUCCUCUUUGGCUUAAUACUGUUAGAAUUCUCAAGUAGCUUUUUCAUUGAAAAAAUGUUUGUUUGUCUUAGUGCCCCAAGGAGGCUUAGUGGUCUAACUGGUUUCCCUGGUCAGUGUGAUCCGCGGAGGGGGCAGGUGCUGCUCUCCCGUCCCCCCCUCUGUCCCAAGCUGGGCCGCGCCGAAGCCGUUCCAGGAAUCACCUUGGGCUUUCCUUCUUUACUUGCGUCAUCUUCAAAAAGGGGGAAAACAAGUGUGUGGGUCCUGUAGACAAGGCUCUUCUAUGUCGUUUCCUUCUUUCCUAGUGAAUUGCAUUCCCUAAUGGUAGCCGAACUGCUUGCAUGGGACCUGGGAGAGUUAAAAGGAUUGUCGGUCAAGGAGGCCCCGGUCUGUGGUGGUCUCUGUGCCUCGCCGGUGCUGCUUGUUGAUUGCAGCCUGUUUGGGAGUUUCAGAGUCUCGUUUGCUGCGCUGCCGGACUUGGCAAAGUACAUGAAGUACUUCAGUGGGGUGUGAUGUGAAGAGGCAUCAUCUGUAUGAGAAAAUAAAUCUGAAAAAUCUUUAAGACAUGAAUGUCUGGGCACGGGCUGCAGCAGCAGGCGCCCACCCCGGAGUGGGCAGGGUGCGAGUCCUUCCCCACCCCCCUGCUCACUCCCUCUUGGAGGGCGGGGUGCUUCCCGCAGCCAGCGUGGCCUCAGCACCCAGCUGGGCUCUCAGCAGCUCUGGACAGACAGACAGGUGGGCAGGACUGAGCUCCUUCAGUGGGAGCAAAGCCUGAGCAGCUCUGCUCCAGCCCCUCCAGGAGCCCUGGCUCUUCCCCCAAGCCCUUUGUUUCCACUCCUUCCAGUCCCUUUCCUUUCUCGGGUUCUUCUGAUGACCUUUCAACCGCCUCUUUUAUUGAGGGAGAGAGAGAAUGACUUACAAGGUGAAACAAUCGUGCAAAGCUAACAAUAGACUCCCGGACCCUUGGUCGGCAGUGGACCAGGAGCCUGUCAGAAGCACGGAUUACCGCGCUCCUUUUUUUUUUAAAGAAGGUAAUCUCUGCUGCCUCGAGGAAGAUGGUAUUCUUUUGUGACCGGUCCUCCUUUUUCCUUGUAUUGCUUUAACUAUUGAAGAGGGAAUUCCUUUCCUAACCCUUUGUCCACUAAUCUUCUUUCAUGGGAGCUUUUGCUCACGGGCCACUUUUUUCAUUAUACCUGCCAUGGGAAUAUCUUAUUUUGCUGCUAAUUUAUUAUAAUCUGUGCUUGUUACUGUAAGGUGUCCGCUGACAUUCACUCCACUUGGCCUUGUUACUCAGGCUGCCCGGUGUAUUUUUAAAGCCACAUGUUCUGGAUUGCUGGGUUUUAGCUGAUUUUCCCCCAGCUUUCCCUUUCUUAUACAAAGCUUUGUAUCAGUAGAUACCCCUUUAAAGUUUCAGUUCUGUCAAAACUAUUGGUCUGGUUCUGAGUUCCCAUAUAAUGUAUCUGGGAUUCCCAACAAUACUACGUAAAUUUCUUACUUAAUAUGUCAUUCUGAAAUAUUUUUUUGUAGUAUUGAAAGUUAUAUUU